GGGAGGGGCGGUCCUUAUUUGACUGGGGUGGAAAAUGGUGGAGACAGAAGUCAGACGGCCACAAUAAACAGAGAUACCAACGUAUAUCUUUGCCUCCAGACGCACUCUGUGUGCGGAUUUUAAUGUGGCAAAAAACCCCCAGAAGUGAUGGCUGACGGUAAACAAAUCAAAAAAACUGCAGUCACAGUUCUGCAGUGUGUGGAGAAGGUGUCCUCCUUCGCCUCCUCCAUCGACCCCAUCUUUGGCAUCGUCUCCUCGCUGGUCGGAGUGGCUCGCAAGGGCCUCACGGAUGAGGAGGGCCACCCUCUAGAUAAGGACUUCCAAGCCAUUCACAAGAAAUUGGAGAGCAUCUCCCAAAAGAACCAAGAAUGUCUGAAGAAGGUCCGCAUCGAUGAGGUGAACGAAACCUAUGGAAAGUACGAGGAGUACAUCAAGCACCAAUACAACGCCUUCAACAGCAUGGUGGCACAAGUGAAGAAGGAUCCAGACAACUCUCAGCGUUACAUGGAGACCUUUGAAAAGAUUUAUGAGCGAGACAAGUCCGACAUGAGCCUGGAUGUUUACUACCGCGGUGUGAUGGGUACAGGCUCACUCUUUGGAAGACCUCUGCUGAAGGUGUACCUGGACAACUGUGAUGGUGACCGGGAAAUCAUGGAGCAUCGCUGUUCUCACAUUGCUCACUUGUUUCACAUGGGUCUCAUUGCUCUGAUGGGCUACACAACAGUCACAGAGGAUGAUGAAGAUGAGGUGCGAGAGAAGUGGGCUCAACGGGUGAUAGACAUCCAGGACAAGAUGCAGGAAGUUCUCAGUCAGUGCAAAGACAAAUCACACUGAACGUUGUCCGGCAGGUAAUGUCUGUGUAAAAAAACUACUUGUAUAGUAAUAAAAUAUACAUAAAAUCAAAACUAUUAUUGCCAGCACUUAUUAUGUCAGCAUAAGCUUCAACCAAAGUUUGUGUGGCUGUAGUUUCAUUAUUGUAUUGAAUGUGUUUUAUUUUCAGUGUCUACUACAGCUUGACCUUGCUUUGUGUCAAAAUCAAUCAAUGCUGAAGUUUUAUACAAUACCAUAAAUAAAAUAAAUACAUUGGAUGGUUA